AUGCAAUCUGAAUUUGAUGCUCUUAUUCAAAAUAAAACGUGGGAUUUAGUUCCUCAUCCUUGUGAUGCUAAUCUCAUUCGAUGUAUGUGGAUUUUUAGGCAUAAGAAAAAUUCGGCUGGUUCCUUUGAGCAUUAUAAGGCUCGUCUUGUAGGUGAUGGCAGGUCACAGGUUGCAGGUGUGGAUUAUGAUGAGACUUUUAGCCCCGUGGUGAAACCCGCUACCACUCGAACAAUGCUUACCAUUGCUCUCUCCAAAUCAUGGCCCAUUCAUCAACUGGGUGUCCAUAAUGCCUUUUUACAUGGUGAUCUUCAUGAUACUGUUUACAUGCAUCAGCCAUUGGGUUUCCGCGACCUCCGUCAUCCAAAUUAUGUAUGUCGGUUGAAGAAGUCAUUGUAUGGUCUCAAGCAAGUGCCUAGGGCAUGGUACCAUCGUUUUGCUGACUAUGUCGCCACCAUUGGCUUUCGGCAUAGCACAUCAGACCACUCCCUCUUCAUAUAUCGACAAGGUUUAAAUGUGGUCUACAUUCUGCUGUAUGUAGACGACAUCAUCCUCGUCACCUCCACUCAGGUCCUCCGCCAAUCAAUUAUGUCACUCUUAGCAUCUGAGUUUGCAAUGAAGGAUUUGGGCCCUCUGAGUUACUUUCUGGGUAUUGCAGUAUCUCGUCAUCCUGAUGGCAUAUUUCUUAGUCAAAUCACUUAUAAAUCAGAGAUCAUUGAACGUGCUGGCAUGGCGUCCUGCAAACCAUCAGCCACUCUUGUUGGCACCAAGCAGAAACUCAGCACCUCCUCCGGCACUUCUUAUGAGGAUCCCUCCUUGUAUCGGAGUCUUGUAGGGGCCCUACAGUAUCUCACCUUUACUCGACCUGAUAUAUCAUAUGCUAUUCCACAAGUUUGUCUUCACAUGCAUGCCCCUCGCACGAAACACAUGCUUGCUCUUAAGCGCAUUUUGCGCUAUGUUCGGGGCACCUUAAAUUUUGGGCUACACUUAUCCCCAUCUCCCAUUAAAAAGCUUAUCUCCUACACUGACGCUGAUUGGGGUGGACGUUCUGACACCAGACGUUCUACAUCUGGCUACUGUGUUUUUCUAGGUGACAACCUUAUUUCUUGGUCUUCCAAAAGGCAGCCAACUCUCUCUCGUUCUAGUGCUGAAGCCGAAUAUAGGGGGGGUUUCCAAUAUUGUCUCCAAAUCGUGUUGGAUUCACAAUCUUCUCCUGGAACUCCAUUUUCCUAUUCCUUAGGCCACUUUGGUGUAUUAUGA